CACCCCCAUGUCAGACUGCGCUACAGCUUGCGCAGCUCCAUAGCAGCAGUCAUGUCUGGCAUUUUAGCGAAAACUUCAUUGCUAAAGCCUGAGAUCCGCCUCGCUCAGGCUGUCUCCGAGUUCGAGGCCGACCUCUCGAACGAGCAAAAGUCAACAUUUCGAACGCUGAGGUCGCAAUCACGCUCGACGACACCUAGUCCACGCGAUGUCAUGCAGCUGACGGCCGAGGUUGACCGUCACACAUCAAAGAAGUUCAGUAGUGCAUGUUUCGGGCCUCGCUUUACCAGCUUCCUUCACGCAGUCCAGCAAUUCGCUGCGCUUGGAGAUGUCGUGGUUGGAGGAUCGCAGAACCUGCUAGCGUGUGGCGUGUGGUCAUUGGUGCGCAUGUCGUUGUUGUCGAUCGUGAACCUUUCAUCCUACAUUGAAAAGCUAUCCUCGCUAUUCAUGGACGUCGGCCGCUCUGCCCCGCGCUACCAAGCGAUCGGCCUGCUAUACCCUCGGUCUACGAAGCUACAAUCACACCUCACUGAGUACUUUAUCGUGGUGGUUGGCCUGUGUCGUUACCUGUUCAGGUUCGGGCAGAAGUCGACUGUCCAGCAGUUCACAUCUUCUCUGAGCGAUUCGCACUUGAAGGCCUUCCAGACGGACCUUGACAAGUGGGGAAACUCAAUCAAGGAGCAGAUUGACGUGAGUGAAGCUCAAGAGAGCUCUGGGUUUAGGGCUUUGACCAGAGAAAUGUUCAAGUCUGCCUCACAUCAGCAGAGACAUGCAACCAACAUGCGAGUCCUCGACUUCUGCUCCACAUACGAUCAUGAGAUAGCGUGGAAGCAAAUCAGAAAGGCCGGCAACACAUCGUUCCACACGAAACAAGCAGAGUACCGAGAGUGGAGAGAUGGCUCGCACCCUUGCACACUGUUGUACACGGGCAAGCUGGGUUCGGGUAAGUCGGUGCUGCUGGCCAACAUUGUGGACGACCUCAGCCUCUCCACCAAGAAAGAGCGACCCCUGGUGGCAUACUUCUUCUGCAAAUAUGACGUUCUUGAAAGUCUGCAGGCACGGACGAUCAUCGGUUCACUGGCACGACAGCUACUACGCACUGUCACAGAUCUUGGCGUGCCUGCUAAGAGCUGCGAGAAUACUCGCACUACAGGCGACACUGAGAAAGUGCUUGAAUUGCUCUUUCAGGGCUUCCCUUCUGAUACGAAAGCAUACUUUGUCCUUGACGGCUUAGAUGAAUGCGACGAUGAGGAAAAAGAGACGUUGGUGCGGGCUCUCCGGAAGAUCCAAGAGAAACUAAAGGUCCUGGUCUGUGCUUCUUUCCGAGAAGAGCCAAACAAUGGCCUGCAGUCGAUUAUUAAUCAACUCUUGGCCACUCGCGCUGUCUCAAUACCAGACGACAACCCAGACAUUGAAGCUUUCAUCGAAGCAGACCUUAAGCGUUGUCUUCGCCAAGAACGUCUGACAAUCGGAGAUCCCACUUUGAUCCUGGACAUUCAAGAUGCUCUCUCGAAGGGUUCGCAAGGAAUGUUCCUCUGGGUAGCUCUUCAGAUUCAGUCUUUGUGUAGUAUGAAGACUGAUCACGCUAUCCGAGAAGCACUGGCAGAUCUGCCUAAAGACCUCUCGUCGACGUUUGCUAGGAUCUUACAGAAGUCGGGAAGAUCAGAUCCAGCACUCCAAGCAAAAACGCUGCAACUUGUGCUUGCGGCUUACCGGCCCCUGACAACAGACGAGUUGCGGGAAGCUCUCAGCGUUGUUCCUGGAGAUGCCACUUGGGAUCCUUCUAGGGUCUUGAAUGAUGUCUACUCAGCACUAGCUUGCUGCGGAUGUCUUCUUGCUGUUGAUGAGGAAGAGUUCACCGUCCGCGUCGUUCAUCACAGCGUCAAGCAGUAUAUCCUUGAUGGACUCGAUGGCGUAAAGCAUAUGAGCUUCUCGCUUGAAGAGGCGCAAAAGACGUUGGCAGACACAGUUGUCACUUACCUCGGCUAUGGUGUCUUCAGGACUGAAUUAUCGAGAGUUAAGGUCCACCCAAUGGUGGCACAAUCAGCACCAUCUAAGAUUGUGCAAGCCACUCAGGUUGAAAUUGAUGUGAACUCUGAUUUCUAUGGGUGUCUAGCUCGUUGUUUAUAUACUAGGGGAAGGAGGGGGGCCAGCCCCGGGGGCAUAACGUGGUAUCUCUUCCUGACGCGUUACUUGAUUCAUCCUGUUUCCUGA